UGACUAAAUGAGGCCGGCCUUACGUCACGAGGGUGUGAUCAGCCCAGGGGUUCACUUCGCAAUUUUAGCGCGACUGGACUUCAUAUUUCAUUUUCUGUUGUGUCUCCUCGUGCCUGAUUACGACCUUCACCGGGACAGAUCAUGAAGGAUCACGUGCAGCCUUCCAGCUAGCUAACCCGUCAGCUUUAUCCGGCGGAACGGGAGAUGUCUUCGCUAGCUAGCUCGGGUUGUGUGUAAGUGAACGGUUUCCUGUAGAGUCUCCGGAGCGCUUAACGUCGAGUCACAGUCACAUCUGGACGGAGAGACAUGCAGACGUUUUUGCGGGGAAAACGCGUGGGCUACUGGCUCAGCGAGAAGAAGGUGAAGAAACUCAAUUUUCUGGCUUUCGCCGACAUGUGCAGGAAAAGAGGCAUAGAAGUGGUUCAGCUUGACCUGAGCCAGCCUCUGGAGGAGCAGGGCCCUUUAGACGUCAUCAUCCACAAGCUGACAGAUCUGAUCCUGGAGGCGGACCAGAACGACACCCAGUCCCUGUUACUGGUUCAGCGUGUGCAGGACUACAUAGAUGCUCACCCUGAGACAAUAGUGCUGGAUCCACUCCCAGCCAUCAGGACACUGCUUGACCGCUGCAAGUCUUACCAGCUGGUCCAUCGAAUAGAGGCCUGCAUGCAAGAUGAGAGGAUCUGCUCUCCUCCGUUCAUGGUGCUGAACAGUGAGUGUGGUCCAGACACACUGGAACAGAUCAAGCAACAUGGUCUUACAUUCCCCUUCAUUUGCAAAACACGAGUAGCACACGGAACCAACUCCCAUGAGAUGGCCAUCAUUUUUAGUGCUGAGGAUCUGAAGGAUGUGAAGCCCCCAUGUGUGAUUCAGAGCUUCAUCAACCAUAAUGCAGUGCUGUAUAAGGUGUUUGUGGUGGGUGAGUCCUACACCGUGGUGGAAAGACCUUCCCUGAAGAACUUCCCUUCUGGCCCUGCUGACCGCAAAGCUAUUUUCUUCAACAGCCAUAACGUGUCCAAACCAGAGUCAUCCUCAGACCUUACAUCUCGAGAUAAUGUAGAAGGGGUGUCCCAGCCACCCAACAAUGAUGUCAUUAGGGAACUCUGCAGAUCUCUGCGUCAGGCAUUGAAAGUGUCGCUCUUUGGCAUUGACGUGAUCAUCAACAACCAGACAGGCCAACAUGCGGUCAUUGACAUCAAUGCUUUCCCUGGAUAUGAGGGUGUUCCAGAGUUCUUUACUGACCUCCUCAACCACAUCACCAGCGUGCUGCAAGGCCAGUCUUCCAGUGACCAUCCUCCUCCACCACUGGCUUCACCCACUUCAGCAGCCAUAACAGCUCCAGUCUCAGAGGAGCGGAGCGGAACCCCUGCCCAGCAGUGCUGCAGUCUGUUAGGGGAAGAGUCGCACAACAACAGCAGCAGCAGCGCAUGGAUCUUGGAGGGGGAAGAUGGACUAAAGAGUCCAUGCCAGAGACUGGGCUGCAAUUCAGCAGUGUCCCCCAACUUCCAACAGCACUGCGUGGCCACCAUUGCCACUAAAGCCUCCUCACAGUGACCACCUUCUUUCUCUCUACUGAACAACACAAGAUCAGAGUGAAUAAUAAUAAUAAUAAUAAUAAUAAUAAUAAAUAACGAGAAUAGACCAUAUUAAAGCGGUAUCUGUAAUCAGAAAUAAACCUUUUACUAUAUUUGUUGAUAGUGUUAAUAAUGAGGUGAUGGAUUCCUUAUGCUUUUGUGUAAUUUUUUUUCCAGUCUAAUACUCAGUACUGUAAAGUGAAUUCAGUAUUGAUCAACAGAUUCGUUGUAGUGUUCAUAUUUGUUUUAAAAUGUGUUUUAUUUUGAAGCACUGUAGAGACUGAAGGGAGAGAUGAGCUUGAAGCUAGGCAUUAGAAGGGAUUCUCAGUGUAUACCACUGGUUUUGGUAGGAUGAGGGUUUUAAUAAUACUGUAUUCAUUUGCCAGUGGACAUGUACCUAUAAGUCAAUCCUGUAACAGCUCCAUGUUAAGUGUCAAUCCUGCGCUGUAAUGGUCUCUGAUGUGUUAGUGUACAAGUCUCCCAAUCACUUCUGACCUAAGAAGAGCGAUUCUGUAGAAAUGUUGUUUCUUAAGGAUGAAAGUGUGUAACACCUUUUUUUUCACUCCAUUAUUGGCUCUAAGGUGUUCAGCUUAGCGGUUUCUUUUUAACUGCCUUGGUAAAACAUUAUGACGCCUGGCAUUUCUCUGUAUGCUAUUUCCUUCUUUUGUGAUGAUCCAAACCCUGGGAAUUGCAAUGUCAAGGGUCAUUAAUGUUUCAGAUUGUGUUCUGAGACAACAAAUGUGAAACGUGAAAGUGCAUUUUCUGCGUGAACUUGUGCAUGUUUGUGUCUGACCAGAAAUUCUUGCAUUCCAAUAUUUUGGGUGUGGUCUGGUGCAGUUGCUUUUGAAUCGUACAGGUCUGUAACCACACCCCCCUUACGUCCCACUCGUGGUUAAUAGGAAUGCCAGAGUUGUUAUCUGAUGACUGUAUGUAUGGAGGUGUUUGUCUGUUAUUUAAAAAAUACUAAGGUGUGUUUCUGAAAAAUCUCACUUGAAGGUGACGAUUAAUGCCGAUUCCUAUAACCAUUCCUGUUUGGAUGAUCAAGAACGAUGUUUAAUUUAUAUUCAGUAAUUUUGUUUUUACUAACCAAUCACUAACAAAUCCAAGUGAUUUAGAUCUGGGUACAUUUUUACACACACAUAAAAAAAAAAAAAUUAGGAAUUACUUUUUUUAAUGGAUGGAAGCUUGCAUUCCAAAGAGCAAAUCAGUUAGCUCUAAUUCAAACGAUUGAUAAUAGUUAGCUUUUUGACCCCUUUUAGAGAAAAAAAACCUACUUUUCUUUAUUUAGAAAAUGCAACAAGUGCAAAAGGUUUACUGAAUUAACUGCAUUUCUUAUAUAAGCACUACAGUCUUAAAAGACUCAACUAUGAUUCAUAAGCUAAUUUUGUUUUUGGUAUACAUGUUUAUUAGUGAUCGUCUCGGUGCAUGUCACUGUUUUGUUUUUAUUUAGCAAAGGGGAAAUUGAAUUCAAUUGGAAUUCUUCAUGUUUUUGUUCAGAUCAAUAGAUUGAUCAUCCAUUACAAUUUGUUUUAGUUUUGACCUAUCAUUACAUUUAAAAGGGAAAUAUAAUAAUUUACAUUGGAACUUUUAUAUGGGCAUCUGAGUUGUUGUUAUUAUUAUUAUUAUUAUUAUUAUUAUUAUUAUUAGUAUGCUAGAGCACUCAACAAUAUUUGAACGAGACCGUUUGAAAAUAGUAACAUGGAGAGUUUGUACAGAUGCACACAGGCAAAAAUUCUCAGCUUUGCUCAGUCAAUCCUGUUUCAGGAACUGGUUUGGGUCACAGAUGUAAAUUUGUAUUGUAGAACUUUGGUACUUUCAAUGAGCAAUUUUGGGGGGAAAUGCUAUUUGUAGUGUGUUCCCUCACCUCUAGAGGUCCAUUGUUAAAAGUCAAACAUCUUUCUUUUUUUAAUUAAGUGUGGAUACCAAAUGCUAAGCACUUUUGCACAAAAAUGGUUUCAGAUA